AUGCCGCCCGCCAAGUCUGGAAAGUUCAAGACCAGUCGAUUCCCUGCUGCGCGAAUCAAGCGGAUAAUGCAGCUGGACGAGGAAGUGGGAAAGCUGGCAAGCGCUACACCGGUCAUGAUCUCAAAGAGUCUGGAAUGUUUCAUACAAGUCUUGUUGGAUGAGAGUUGCAAAGAAGUGACUGCUAGUGGAUCGCGGAAACUCACUGCCGGGCAUCUCAAAGCAAUGAUCAACACCAACCCCAACUUUGACUUCCUCCGUGAAAUAGUCGAGGCUGUGCCCGAACUGCCCGAAGGUGGCAAGUCCUCCGCCGCCGGUCCUUCACGCGCGCGGAAACCUAGCGCUUCUGCAGCUGCGACCAAAGCCGCUAAAGCUGCUAAAGUAGAGAAAAAAGAGGCGGAGGAAGAAGAAGAGAUUGGGAGUGGCAUUGCUGGGGGCACAGCGAAGAAGAGUCGGGCUAAGAAGGAGGUGGAGGAUGACGUGAAACCGCAAGUAGCAGAGCCUGCUGUACCGUCGUGGUCGGGUGCUUCUGUUCCCGCGGCUCAGCCGGCGAAUCCACUGAUCGGAAGCUGGAAGAAGGAUAUGACUGGGGGCGGGGGUACAGGCGAAGGCGGAAGAGGAAUGUUUGAUGACUAUGAGGAGGAUGACGAUGAUUACUAG